ACAAUUUGUCCGUCUCAUCACUUAUUAUCUAUCAUAAUUCCCUACCUGAGGACUUGUUGCCCGAACGCUACAACUUGGACCUUUUCAAGACGUAGUCACAAUGGUUCCUAAAACAAGUGUGUUAUACAUAUUUGGCAUAAUACUUCUAUUAGACCAGUGCUUGGUUUCUCAAGGAGAACUUUUCACAGCCAUAUCUGAAGUGGAACCCUUGCUUGAGACGCAUAAAAGGAUUAUAGACGAUCUCGAUGAUUAUGUUAAGAAGGAAGAGACAAGACUACAAGUCCUAAAAAGGCAUUUAAAUGUAUAUAAAAGAGAACAUGAGCAGGCAAUGGAAGAUAUUCCAAAUUAUUUAGGGAAUCCAAUCAACGCAUUCACUUUGAUCAAAAGACUGACCACUGACAUAGAUCUUAUCGAGCAAAGUAUUAAAAAAGGAACAGAAUACAUUAAAAACAUAACAAUGACCCAUAGCGACGUGAAGUAUCCGUCUCUUGAAGACCUUACCGGAGCUGCUAAUGCCCUGACUCGACUGCAAGAUACAUAUUAUUUAAGAGUAGAUGAAUUAUCGGAAGGAAUCCUGAAUGGAGUCCAGUACAGUACACCAAUGUCUGCUGGAGACUGUUUCGAGUUAGGUCGCACUUUAUACAACGAGAAAGAUUUCAAAAAUGCCCUAGCCUGGAUGACUCAGGCUCUGCGCAAGUACAGGAAGGAGACAGAUCACGUUUAUGCUUUCACUGAAGUGGAUAUUUUGGAGUAUAUUAGCUUUUCCUAUUUUUUAUUAGACGACGUCGAAAGCGCAUUAUUUUGGACUAAAAAACUACUACAAUUGGACCCUAAGCACGCCAGAGCCCGUGGCAACGUCCCGCAUUAUCAAAAGAGUAUCCAGGAACAACAGGAAAAACUCCGUGUUCAGAGACGUGGGGAGACCGGGGCCCGAGAUGACGAAGCGAAGAAGAAACCUUUGGUCUCAAAUUAUUCUAAAGAGCGGAAGGCUUAUGAAGCAUUGUGCCGUGGGGAAAUGGAGAUCCCCAAUGAGGUUGCUAACCGGUUAACCUGCCGUUAUAUGACUGAGAACCACCCGUUUUUACGCUUAGCACCGUUCAAAAUGGAGCAGAUGUACAUUGCUCCUGAUGUGUAUGUCUUCCACGAGGUCCUUAGUGAUGAUGAGAUCGAACAUAUUAAGGAGUUGGCGAAACCUAGGUUCAAGCGAGCCGUAGUCCACGAUCCAAAAACAGGCGAACUAGUUCCUGCCAACUAUCGGAUAAGCAAAUCGGCUUGGCUACGUGAUGAAGAGUCUUCUGUAAUAGCUCGCGUGUCCCGACGCAUUCAUGACUUCACCGGCCUCAAUCUAGAGUCCGCCGAAGAGUUGCAAGUCGUUAAUUACGGCAUUGGGGGCCAUUAUGAGCCUCAUUAUGAUUUCGCUCGUAAGCAUGAGAACGCCUUUUCGAAGUUCAACGGCAAUAGAAUAGCCACUGUAUUGUUUUAUAUGUCGGACGUGGCCCAAGGAGGAGCCACGGUGUUCACGGAGCUCGGCCUUAGUGUGUUCCCCAAGAAAGGUUCUGCAUUGUUCUGGAUGAAUCUUCAUCCUUCGGGAGAAGGUGAUAUGUCUACUAGACAUGCCGCUUGCCCUGUGCUCAGAGGAUCUAAAUGGGUGUCAAACAAAUGGAUCCACCAAGGCGGACAAGAGCUCAUCAAGCCGUGUACCUUAGAAUAUCAGGAGGAGAACUUCGUUCGCCAUAUCGCCCGCCCGGUACCCAAGUCGUUUAGAUAGCUGUUGCACAAAAUAUUAAACUUCUUAAAUGGUGAGACUUAACUUUAAAUCUCAGCAUUAUACAGGUUGAUAUUUUAUUGUGAUUCUAUUUAUCAAUAUGGACUUUUUAUAAAGAAAUCGUAUGAUAAUGCAAAAAAAUCC